AAAAUAGCUCGAAAAUACCCAAACAGAACCUCGUUUUCACGCGAAUAACACACGGUUGUAGCCGAUUUUCUUAUCAGUGAAAAUUUUCCGGAAAAACGUCCCCCAAAACAGUUAAAUUCCAUCGUUCGGAUCGCGCACCGAUACAAUGUCCGAACCACCGCAAAUCAAAGUGUCCAUCUCGCUGCACCAGGACACGCUUUACGAGUUGGAAACGGCCAUCGAGCACGCCGCCAAAUCGAACUACAACUCGAUCACAAUUCCGUUGGCUCACCGGAGAUUCGAGCGGGAGUUUGUACAGGAACCGCUCAAGACCGGCCACAAUCGCUUCACGCGUUCGGAUCUGCUGCUCAGUUCAACGCAGUGGCUUAAUCGGGUGAUUUGCCGGUUGAGUUGCGGUGUGGAUUGCGAUUCGGAGGACGAUAAUGUCCGAAAGCAGGGUGAAUCGACACUCAGGCAGGAGCUUUCCUACGCGGAACAUUUGGUGCAAAAUGGAUACAUUCUGUUGCGGUUGAAGAGCGGGAAUUGUGCGAAUCUGGCCAGGGUUACCACCGUGGGGCUGAAAGGAGUCUUGCUGGUCGAGGUUCCGAUGGUCAAUCCGAAGGUAGCGCAGGCCAAUUGGAGAAGCGACGCGGAUUACGAAUGCGGAGCGGAUGAUACGUGGAACUGGUGGAACAAUUUCCGAUCCUAUGCAGACUUCGACACGCACGUGAAAGUUGCCCUCGAGUUUACGGCGGACAUCCCGGAAAAACGGGAAAUCUAUCGUUGGCUUGGAGAACCGGUCGAUGCGGUGGUUUUGUCCUCGAACAUCUUUCUGACCAAUGCCAACAACUACGCAGUUUUGUCCAAAGCGCAUCAGGAAUUGUUGGUACUGUUCUACAGAACGUUCGGAUGUCAUUUCAUAGUAAAGGCCAAUCCGGACGAUAAACGGCUAGUCCAUUACGCCGAUUACAUCAAGUACAUCCUCCGGUCGAACUACAAGAAAGACCCGAUGCAAGGAUAUGACGACCUGCUGGAGAUCCCUCUGCAGCCCUUGUACGAUAAUCUGGACAGCUUCACCUACGAAGUGUUCGAGAAAGACCCAGUCAAAUAUAUUCUGUACCAGAAUGCAAUCGAAGAGGCACUCCGGGACCGCGUCCCAUCCUCUGAAAUCCAAACCCGCACCUCCAUCAUAAUGGUUGUGGGCGGUGGCAGAGGUCCUUUGGUUCGAGCCGCCCUAAAUGCCGCCUCGAAGAGUAAGCGAAUGGUGAAGAUCUAUGUCGUCGAAAAGAAUCCCAACGCCAUCGUCACACUGAGUGCCCUCAUCAAUGAACUGUGGAAGGACAAGAACAUCGAACUCAUUUCUACGGAUAUGCGAGAAUUCGAACCCCCGGAAAAGGCGGAUAUUCUGGUUUCGGAGCUUUUAGGAUCGUUUGGGGAUAACGAGCUCUCGCCGGAAUGCCUGGAUGGCGCACAGAAGCAUUUGAAGCCGGAUGGAGUCAGCAUUCCAUGCAAAUCUACAUCUUAUCUCAAUCCAUGUAUGGCGCCAAAGAUCUACAGCCAGAUAAGGUCGAUGGAAAAGAGUCUACACGCCAAGGACCGAAUCGUGACGUCCCGGUACAUGGAAGGCACUUACGUGGCCUACCUGAAAAACGCCUAUCACAUCGACAAUCCCCAGGCGGUUUUCGAGUUCGUCCAUCCGAACCUGGAUCCGAUAAUCGACAAUUCUCGGUACAAAACGCUCCGCUUCAAGGCUCAGUUGGACUGUGUGAUGCACGGCUUUUGCGGCUAUUUCGAUUCCGUCCUGUACAAAGACAUCACCAUCAGUAUUCAUCCGUUCACGCAUACCAAGGGCCUCGCUUCGUGGUUCUCGAUGUUCUUCCCGCUGACGGAACCGGUGCAGGUCCGGGCCGGCGAGGAGAUCGUGGUCAACUUUUGGCGAUGCGUUGCUUCCCACAAGGUUUGGUACGAGUGGAACAUUACAGCACCCCGGCAGAGUCACAUCCACAACGUCCAGGGACGGGCGCAACCGAUCUGGAAAUAGACAGGGUGGUUAUUUGAGAUGUAUUUAUUUGCAAGAGAAAUUGACUAAUCUUUCGGAAUUGGAUGAAAUACAAAGUACGGACGUUGCACUGA